GCGAAACGUCAAUGUAGAUGAUUCUGUGACAAUUGUAUACAAUCAUCGUUCAAAAAGUUCAGUAAGAUGUGCGAAUUAAUAAAAUUUAACAAGGAGACAAGCUUAAAGGAUUACACUUUAUACAUACCGAACGUGUCCAUAGGAAAUGUGCCGCAAUUAACUGUGGACUUGUUGAUUUCAACAUAUAACCUUAAAAAGAUUGCUACCGUUUGGCAUCCAGCAAUAAUACCGACAGUGGGUAGCGAUCCUUUCGAUUUGAAGAGCAAGGAUGUUUGCACAGCAUGCGAACUGUACGCGAACGAAGAUCUAAAGGUGGCCGUGGUUCAGUUAAGAUCUGGUUUGGAACGUGGAUUGAAGGAGGAAUUUCUUAAGAAGCUUAUUGCAAACAUUAAGGAAUUUGAACUGAAGAGGAUUGUCUUGCUGACCAGUAUAUUUGCAUUUGAAAUGCACAAUGUGAACUCCAGUAAAUUCAUGUACAUAUCCAAUGAGAAUGCAGAAAUAUUCAAAGAUUGUGAUGCAACUGAAGAAACAAAUCUUGAUUUAGUCAGUGAAGGAUUUGUUUGUCCACUUUUUACAGAGCUAAAAGAUAGUGUACCAUGUACAAUUUUAACUAGGUAUUGUUACGAAGGUGAUAACAGGUUGGAUGCUGUCCACACCAUAAACCUGUUGGGUGAUAUUUUUAAGGAGUUCACUGCUAAAGAAGAUUUUAAGUUUCCCAUAUCAUGGGAAUACCUGUUUGGAAACCCUGUUCCAAUUGAAAUAUAUUAAA